AUGGCGCACGACGGUGAAGGAGAGCUGACCACUCCAUCAGGGACCCCGCGGACAGCGGCUUCCUAUGCAUCGGACAUAACGCAUCGCUAUCCGACGUUUCGCGACGAACCGUUCAAGACGGUGCACAACUGGCUGGAGGGCAGGCGGUACGACGACGGCGCAGAAGGCCUCUGGCGCAUCCAUAAUAGCCUGUACGAUCUUGAAGAGUUCGCUCGCGUCCACCCGGGUGGCUCGGAGUGGCUACGACUGACGAAGGGUACGGACAUUACGGAGGCUUUCGAAACGCAUCACAUCGGGCGGAAGGCGGAGAGGAUGCUACCCCGAUUCUACGUACGGCGGGCCACCAGGCCACGUAACGUGAGGCUCACGUUUGACGAGCAUGGGUUCUACCGGACGCUAAAGCGCCGUAUCCGGAAUCAGCUCGAGCAGGUGGACACCUCCGCCAGUGCACGCUCGCGUCGAAUAACGGACGCACUGCUGGGCGCCACCUUCCUAACGGCCUGCCUAGCGGUGAGCCUCGACAGCCUGAUCGUUGCGCUGGUGUGUGCCGCGUGUGUCUGCGCCACCGUGAUCGCCUCGCACAACUUUAUGCACCAGCGAGACAACUGGCGCAUGCUGGCCUUCAACAUAGCCUUUCUGAGCUACAGGGAGUGGCGAGUAUCGCACGUGAUAUCCCACCACCUCUACCCGAACUCGGUGCUGGACAUGGAGAUAUCAGCGUUCGAGCCGUUCCUGUGCUACCUGCCGCUGGCGGACCUGAAGAACAGCUUCCAGCGGUACGGCUCCUGGUUCUACGGUCCCUUCAUCUAUGGUUCCAUCUUUCUCAGCGAGUACCUCAAGCGGCUCAUGGACAGCCUCAACCAGGGCAAGAACCGGUUUCACCUGGACGAUCUGAUCCCGUUCCUGCUGCCCGCGGUCAUGUACGCCACUAACCCGGGUCAGCUGGCGGUCGUCCUCCGGCUGUGGACGUUCAUCGUCCUCAUGGCGAGCUUCUUUUUCGGCCUGGUCGGUCUCACGGCUGGGCAUCAUCAUCCGAAGGCGCUCCACUCCGGUGACAAGUUCCCCGAUGGCAUGGACUUUGGCCUGUACCAGAUGGCAACGAUCGUCGAGCGGAAGGGCGUCGAAGGGUCGCUGCUGAAAGUGCUGACCACCUUCGGCGAUCACCACCUGCAUCAUCUCUUCCCGACGCUCGAUCACGCGAUUCUGCCACAGCUGAACGGCGUAUUUCUCGACACGUGCCGGGAGUACCACGUGGGCAAGCUGUCGAGCACGUGGUUUUCGCAGUUUUUGGCGCAAAACUUGCAGCUAGCCCGGAUACGGCCCAAGGUGCACCCGCGAUCGGGAAAGUCCAGAGCGUAG